CGACCAGCAUCUACCUGAUGAUGAUAAUAUUGAUAAUCCACGUUUGGGACACCCAAAUGUCAUAAAUACAUUUGCCCAUGUUGUCAUAAUAAAUAAAUAAAUAUUCUAUUAACAAGUGCAAUUACAUCUCUUAAUUUAUCACUAAAAAUAUUGCAGAGAUUUUUUUAAAAUUAUACUCAAAGUAAAAAAAUAUUGUGUUUAAUUAAAAAUUUAAUCAUUGAUUUUAUUACAAACAAGAAGAUACUUCAAGUGACAUUUGUCAUCCAACUUUGACUUGUUUUUUUUUUAUUUAUUUAUUUUUUCAAUCAAGGUAUACCUAUAAAUAUUAUAAUUUAAUUUCAAGGAGUUACUAAAAAAAUAAAUAAUAAUGGUUCGUGUAAUUCCUGUUUAUAAUUUUUUAUCCCAAAAUACUGAUCAAAUUGAUGAGCCAACAGCAACAUGUACAGUUAAUGUACUUGGUCAAGACAUGUUGCUUUUAGCAUUGACAAGUCAUUGUAUAAAAGUACAUUCACUUAAUGGAAAUCAAUCAAAGCUAUUGACAAUAUUUCCUACAGUUGACAUGGUUAAGCAAUUGUUACAUUGUGACAAAGGAAAUUAUGUUGCAACAUUAGAACAAAAAAUUGAUCGUGAUGGAUUAAUUAAUAAUUUUGUUAGAAUUUAUGUUAAUUGGGAAAUAUGUGGUAAUCAAAAUCAAGCAAUGAGAGCUAGAAUUGCUGGACGUGUUACACCAAGUCUCAAUAGAAAUCAAAAUAGUCUUGAAAUGAUUGAAUUACCAUUGAAUAAUCAACCAACACAAAUAGCAGCAUGUCAAACAACUGGUAAUUUACUUGUUGUCAUGUCAAAUGAAGCUGUUAUACAUGAAUUAAAAGUUGAAACUCAUCAAUUAUCAAAACAUAAAUUUAUUGAUUUUGAUAUACGACCAUGGUCAUUAAAAUUUACAUUUCAACCAAAUAAUAUUGAAAUAACAGAAGAAUUUAUAUCAAUAAGAAAUAGUACAAAUUUCAUGUUAUUUAAAUUAACAAAUUGUAUUUAUGAUGAUGUAAAUUCAAUUGGUCCAAUUGACCGAGUUAAUUGUAUUAAUAAUUAUCAAAAUAUAAAAUUUACAAAUCGAAAUAAUAAUAGUAAAAAUAAUUCAAGAGAAGAUUUAAUUAAUGAUACUAAUAAAUCAUCAAAAUCAAUUGUUGAUUUUACAAAAUUAAUAUCAAAUAAAGCUUCAUACAUUGAUUGGGAUCAAAUGGUAUUUGAUGAAUACGUACAAACACAAAAAAAUGAUUCAAUUCAAUCAAAUAAUUUUUCAAUAACUUUACCAUCAAUCAACUCACAUGAAUCAUCACAAAAUCAUCACAGUCAAGGUCAUACACCUUCAAUAAUUUAUGCACCAGAGUUAGCUGUAACUGUUAUAACAAAAUCAAAUGAAGAUAAUUGGCCAGAAAAUUUUACAAUUGAAUAUUUAUUACGUUUAAAAAUUGCUACAAAUGAAUCAAGUCCAGAUUUAAUGUUUGAACAUUUUACAUGUGGUAUAUUAAAACCAUGCUAUUAUCGUACAACAAAAAAUACAAAUAAUAAAACUAAAAAAUUAUCAUUAUUAAGAUCUAAAAAAUAUAAUGUAUUUAAUGGUGUUACUUGUCUUAUUUGUACAAAUCAAGAAGGUUAUUUAUAUCAUUUUUCAUCAAAAUCAACAAAAGAAAUAUCUGAUGAUUUUAAAUAUUGUACAAUUUAUCCAUUUACAUGUCCAGUUAGUCAUGUUGCAUUAGAAAAUACAGCUUUACAUGCAUUAACAGAAGCAGGAUUAGAAUCUUAUACAUUAAAAAUUCCUGAUAAUUCAUCAUCAUCAUCAAAAAAAAAUGAUGUUCUAUUUAAUAUUGAAAAGUUUGAUGAUAAAUUAAAUGACGAACUAGAGCCAGUAUCAUUAAUUGGUCUACGUCCAUUUUUAGGAGUUAGAAAACUUCUUCAUGCAUCAAAACAUUUAGUAUUAUUAGCAUCAAAUAAUGAUCAAUGGACUUGUUAUUCAUUGUCAUUACCAAAUCCAGAAGAUGUUUAUAAUGAUAUAUUAAAUGCAGCAAAUAAUCAUAAAGAAUCAAGUCGUAAAACUUAUGAAUAUUUAUUGAGAGAAGCAUGUACUGUAUUAAAAAUGGCUAAAGAUAUUAUUUAUUAUUCAUCUGAUAUUGAUUAUUCAAGUAAUAUUAAUACAACAUCACGUCAACAUAUUGAUAUAUUAUACAAACAAUCAUGUGCUCUAUUAGCUGAUUAUUAUAUAUCAUCAGAAUAUCAAAAACAUUGGAAUUUAUGUAUUUAUUAUUAUAAAAUUGCUGAUCUUGAUGCUAAAACAGUAUUAAAAAGACAAAAUAAUAAUAAAUCACCUGGUCUUAUUAGUUAUUUAUCUGAUGUACUUGUUAAUUUAAAAUCUGGUCCAGAAGCUGAUGCUAUUUUUCAACAACAUAAUAUCAUUGAUAUUCUUACUAAUUCAGAUACAGAUGAUUUAUUAAAAUUAAUAUUAGCAAGUCCAGUAUUACGUGAAUAUGCAACUGAAAAAUUAAUUAAUUUAUUAAUUAAUAUUGAAAAAAAUGAUUCAUGUUUAUUUUCACUUGUUUUAUUAUAUACACAAGCUGAUAAACAAUAUCAAGCUGAAAAAUUAAUUGAGACAAUAUCAAAUACAUUUAUUAUUGAUUCAACAUUAACAAAUUGGAGUUGGUUAUUUGAUGUUACAAAUUCAAAUAGAGGUAAUGUUGUACCAACAUUUUCUGAAUAUGCUGGAAUUUUAAUGAAAAAAAAAAUGAAUAUAUUUGCUGAAAUACUUGGUGAACUUGUUGAUCGUCAUGCAAUAACAUUGAAUCAAAUGAUACAAAUUUUUUUGGCAUAUUUACCAUCAAGAGUUGGUAGAGAUGGAAAAAUUGCUGGUAUGGCACUUCAGCUAUUUUUAGAAACAUAUCUUCAGCAUUACUAUGAUAAUUAUCCUAAUAAAAAUCAUAAAAAAUCAUUAGCUCAUGAUGAAAGCCAAAUAAACGAUGAAGGCUUAGCAAUACGUGAAGGUUUCAAGCUUCUAGUUAGAUCAUAUUUAUCAGAGUUAACACAAAGCCAUCAACAAAUUCAUCAAGUUGAUAAUGAUAAAAAAAUUCUAUUCGGUAAUUUAAGAUCAAAUUUUUUUGAUUUACCUCAACUUUAUGGAAUAAAUUGUAACAAUGAUAAUGAAGAAAAUAAAAAUAUUAUUAUUAGACCUUCAAUUGUUAAGCUUCAAGCACUAUUGGCAAGUGGACAUUUGUCAAAUGAAUGUAUUCAAGAAAUUGAACAAUUUUUAGAUAAUCAAAAUAUCGAUGGAAGUUUAUCAUUUAAAAUUUUGUGUUGUAAAAAUACAAAAAUUGCAAUGCAAUUGUUAACAGAUAAUUGUCCAAAACUUUUACUUGAAUAUGCAAAGAUAAAAUAUACCAAAGAAUCUGAAUGGAAACAAUUUGUACAAUUUUUGAUAAACAAAAUGAAUAAAAAUCCAAAUGAUUCAGAUAUUUAUUUUAUUUAUGAUGAGCUAUUAAAAGAUACAGCAAUAUAUAUUGCACAAAUAAUGUCAAUAAGAGGUCUUCAACGAAUAUUGUCAAACGAAAGCAUUCCAGCUUUACAAAAAUACAUCGACAUAAGCAGUCAAGUUGUACAUGCUGAUUAUAUUAAAACAAUGAUCAUUGGUACUGGUCAACAUCUUCUUUCUACUAUCAAUUUUUAA